CUUGUUGAUGCUCAUGACCGUGUUAUCGCAGUCCUUGGCGGAGUUCCUCGCGGGUCCAAGGGGGCAGAAUGGCAGGCAGUCGAAGCUGAAGCUGCUGCUGCUGCUGUGCGUUGCCGUGAGUCCAGCACCUUCACCGCAGCACAGAAACAUGGCCGGCGUGGAGAAUUUGCCUCCCGAACAGUGGGAUACGGUUAUGGCAAUGGGCGGCGCAAACCACAGAACUACAAAGUCUCUGGCAGGGCCAACCAAAGCGCCGUACAAGAGCUUCUUCAAAACACAGCGAUUCGCCGCAUCUCAGGCUUUCAAAACGCUCUAUUCAACACCUUCUGCCACAAGAACUAUGCAGAAUAUAGAGAUACGAACGACGCAAUACAAUGUAAGCAGCCCGAGCUGCGUGCUAGCUUCCCAAACACUGCCUUUGCUGCGACCACCUUCAACCUGGGACCCCGCUCGUUUUCACCUCCUCACAUGGAUCCUGACAACCGUGCCUCCAGCUGGUGCGCUGAUACCAACAUGGGACCAUUCGACCCCGACAAAGGUGGACACCUCGUGCUCUGGGACCUUGGGCUCAUCAUCCGCUUUCCUCCUGGCUCCACCAUCCUCUUUCCCUCUGCACUUAUCACCCACUCUACCAUCCCCAUUCAAGCACACGAGAGCCGCUACGUGAUGAUACAGUACUCUUCUGGUGGCCUCUUCCGAUGGCGCGACAACGGGUUUCAGUCAGACAAAUCCUUCUUAGAAAAGGCAACUGCUAUAGAACGCGCUGAACGGGAA